AUGCUCCUGUGGCGCCGCAAAUGCGUCGCCGAGUGCUGCAGGCACGCCGGGGCCCCGCCCGCGGCGCAACCGUCCCCACCCCCUCGCCGCUGCCGCCGCCGCCUCUCCGUGCUCGCCGCCUGGGCGCACCAGCCGGACGACGACUCCACCUCCAGCGGCGAGGAGAGGCCCAGCUGCGCUCCUCCCCGUGAGGUUAUCUGGAGAAGGGGCUGCGCUCCCGGCGAGAAUCCCCGGAGGAGGAGCUCUGCUCCGAGCCUGAGCUCUGCCGGGGUCGUCAGGACGCUCCAGCGCCUGGAGAGGAAGCCUGCCAUCGCGUUCGCCUACUUCAAGGACACCGAGAGCAUCGGCUUUCACCAUGACCUUGCCACCUACGCCGAGAUCAUCCGCGUCCUGUCACAUAAGGGCCAGGGGAGGAUUCUGUUCUCCUUGUUCAGUGACAUCCUCUCGCCGGCCGAUGGCGGCGGCGGCGGCCCUGAGAUCGUGCCGCUCAUGGAUCAGCUCAGAAGCACGUGCACUACUUCGUAUGCUCUCUUGUUUGCGACAGACUGCUUGAUCAAAACAUGCACCACUUGUUGCAGUGCACAGGACACAAUAGGGCUGUUUGGUGACCUCUGCAGGCUUGGAAUCGUCCCGGCAGCUUGGACUUGCAACAUACUUCUCAAAUUUGCAGCCGAGGGCGGUGACUCGGAGGUUGUUGUAUCGGCUUAUGAUCAAAUCAAGGAAUUUGGAUUGACUUUGGAUGCUCACGCGUUAGUCCUCAUCACUAGGUCUCUCUUUCGAGAAAAGAAGGCAGACAAAGCAUUCCAAAUGUGGGUUGAGAUGAUUGAAAUGGGGGUGAAACCAGAUGUAAUUGCAUACUCAUCAUUUAUAACUGGUCUGUGUGAUUGCGGAAAGGUUGAUUUGGCUUAUGCGAUUCUGCAAGAGAUCAACAGAGAGGGGAUUCAAGUUGAGGACAUGGCUUAUAACACAGUAAUGGAUGGGCUAUGCAAGGAAAUGAGACUGCAGGAGGCUGAAAUGCUCUUGGAGAACAAGACCAGACAAGGGCUCACACCAGAUAUAUAUGGUUAUAGCUAUCUCAUUCGGAGUUAUGGCAAAGCGGGCAACCUACUCAAGGUGUUGGACCAUUAUCAAGCCAUGGUAUCCCAUGGUUUCGAAACAAACUGCCACAUUGCGAGUUAUCUUCUACAAUGCUUUAUGAAGUUAGGCAUGACAUCUCAAGUUACAGAGCAUUUCCAGAAACUCAGAGAUUCGGGACUCCAUCUAGAUGGCGUUCUGUAUAACAUUGCUAUGGAUGCUUAUUGCAAGGAUGGGAACAUGGAUGAGGCGGUUAAGCUACUGAGAGAAAUGAAGGCUGAGGGUCUGACACCUGACAGAGUUCACUAUACUUGCGUGAUCAAGGGUUAUUGCUUGAAGGGAGAUGUACCAAAUGCACGUCAAGCAUUUGAAGUGAUGCUGAAGGCCAAUGUAAAGCCAGACGUAGUUACAUAUAACAUAUUGGCCAGUGGAUUUUGCAAGAAUGGUCUUGUUACGGAGGUGUUUGACCUUCUAGACCAUAUGGCGGAUCGAGGGUUAGAGCCUAAUUCACUCACUUAUGGUAUAAUAAUUGAUGGGUUUUGCAGAAGUGGCAACCUUAGUGAAGCAGAGGUGUUAUUUUAUAUAGUAGAAGAGAAAGGAAUCGAACGCAUCGAAGUAAUGUACAGUUCAAUGGUUUGUGGCUAUUUGCAUUCAGGCUGGACAGAUCAUGCUUACAUACUUUUUCUUAGGGUUGCUAAGCAAGGAAAAUUUGUGGAUCGUUUCGCAUGUUCAAAGUUGAUGAAUGACCUUUGUAGGGAUGGAAAUGCCCAGGGAGCUUCAACAGUUUGCAGCAUGAUGUUAGAAAAUAAUGUUAUUCCUGAUGUAAUUUCAUAUACUAAACUCAUAUCAGCCUAUUGUCAGACAGGAGAUAUGCACAAUGCUCUCUUGUGGUUUCAUGAUAUGGUUCAGCGAGGACUUUCUGUUGAUGUUAUUGUCUACACUGUACUAAUGAAUGGUUACUGCAAGGUUGGCCAGAUGGAAGAAGCUUGCAAAUUGUUUGAUCAGAUGACAAGUUUAGGUAUUAAGCCUGACGUAAUUGCAUAUACCAUGCUACUGGAUGGUCACCUAAAAGAGUACCUGCAGCGGUGCUGGCAGGGCGUUAGUAAGGAGAGAAGGAUCUAUGUUCUUAGAACAAAGCAGAACAGGUUGCUCAGCUCUAUGAAAAAAAUGGAAAUCAAACCUGAUGUACCCUUUUACACCGUAUUGAUAGAUGGGUACUGCAAAGCCGGUGAUUUUGAGAAAGCCCGGGGAGAAUUUGAUGAAGUGUUGCAGAAAGGGCUGACUCCUGAUCAACAUGUAUACGCAGCUCUGAUAUGUGGAUAUUGCAGCCAGGGCGAAAUAGAGAAGGCACAAGAUCUUUUUGAAGAAAUGGUAGACAGGGGAAUAAAACCACAUGUACUGGCCUUUUCUGUAUUAAAUCAGAAAACCUUGAGGGAAAGGCAGUAUAAGUGA